AUGGCGAGGAAGAAUUUUCUCAUGUUCAACGCACCGGCAAUGGGUCAUAUUAUUCCACUAUUCGAGCUAGCGCACCGCAUCAGCGCUUACCAUGACGUUACUUUUGUGAUUUCCAAAUCCUUCGUUCCUAAACUGACAGAGCGGAAUAUCAUUAAUUCCAUGGACAUAAUGAAGCCAAGCGUUGUAACUCUGCUGAAAAGUAUGCCCUUAUCCCACGUGGCAUCGUCGGAACCGGUGGGUGAAGAACUGCCGAAACUUGGAAUUAGUGAACUGCUCCCAGUGGAUGCUGUUAUUUUCGACCAGUUCUUAACCGGUUUCGUGCCGGAACAUAGUCACAAGCGCGGCGUGCCAUGCUUUGAGUUUAUUCCCUCUUCCAACAUUCGUAAUCGCGCGGACAGACUACACACUCGUCCACCACAAGAACAAGCGGACAUUGGCGUCUGGUUGCAGCAGAAACAGCAUUCCGAGCAAUUCCUCGCCGGGCGCAUUGUCAACAAUUUUCGAGAAAGCGUUCCACCACGACAGGAAACCCUUCCAACGUUUUACGUGGGGCCACUUUUCCCAUUAGAAACUGCACAGAAAGCUGUAACUCCCUUGGAGCAGACGGUGAAAACAUUUUUGGAUAGUCAUCCACAGCGGUCGGUUAUUUAUUUUGCAUUCGGGACCGUGGUCCGAGCCGCGCCCGCUCAGAUAGCCGAAAUCCACCACGCGCUGACCGCAUUGCAGCGGCCGUAUAUCUGGUCACUGGCCGAGCCGCUGCAUCAGUAUUUACCAGCGGACAGGCAGCCGGAUGACGGUGGCCACUUAAUUUUGCCGUGGGUGCCGCAGAAACUGAUUCUGCAGCAUCCGUCUGUCGCUGUCUUUGUCACUCACGCUGGAUGGAACAGCACAGUGGAGGGUCUAAUGGGCGGUGUCCCCAUGGUCGCGUGGCCGGGAUUUGCCGAUCAGCAUGACAAUGCAGCGUGGGUGGAGAGUAUCGGUGUGGGCGUGACGGUGCCCAAUACAAAACUCGGACCGGACGCUCGUGUUGUGCCGUCGAAGGAGAUUGAGGCGUGGAUCAGCAAAGCUGCCGGCUGGGACGCGGUUGAUGGUGUUUCGCCGUUUGCGCGGAAAUGUACUGAGUGGAAAGAAAUUAGUGGGAAAGCCUGGAUGGACGGCGGCAACUCGACAACCGAUUUUCAGCUGUUCCUUGAACUUUUUGCUGGCUGAGAAAUUGCAAACGUUAUGCUUUUUGGUUGUUCCUUGUG